AUGCUGAGAGUGAAACGUUCAGUACAACAGACAUACAAUACUAGCGUCAAACACAUGUCCGCCCAGAUGAUUGCGGCUGGAGCAGCGAAGGCUGCUGAAGAAAUCAAAUCAACCAAUGCCAUGCAAUUGCUUGAGAGACAGUCCGACAAAUCAGCUGGAGGAAUUGCAUUUGUUCGAGGAGCCAGCAAAACAACUCAAAUGGAUACCACAGAGAAUCCUGAUGAAAUCAAUGUGGAUGUGGACGAUGAUGAUGAAGAUGGCGAAGCUGCCAUCGAGACCCAAGCGGUGCCAGCAGCAGUAUUUGGUGAUCUCAAACGGCCAGACCAAGAA